CUCAAACGAAGUCCAUUGCAUGUGCGGUGGUGUACCAGAAACAUGGCUACAGUACAAGUAAGUGAAGCGGAGAAAGUUUACAUCAUGCACGGUGUGCGGGACGAUCUACGUGUUGAUGGAAGGGGAUGCGAGGAUUACAGGCACAUGGAGAUCGAAACCGAUGUAGUAUCAAAUACAGACGGAUCAGCCAAAGUGACAUUGGGGCACACAGAUAUCCUUGUGGGAAUUAAGGCAGAGAUUGGGAAGCCAAGGCCAAUGGUCCCUGAAGAAGGAUAUUUGGAGUUUUUUGUUGAUUGCUCAGCGAAUGCAACUCCAGAGUUCGAGGGCCGGGGCGGGGAGGAGCUGGGGACAGAACUGAGCAACACCCUGUACAAGGUGUUCAACAACAGAAACAGCAUCGACCUGAAAGCGCUCUGCAUUAGCCCAGGGGAGCACUGCUGGGUGCUGUAUGUUGACGUUUUGCUGCUUCAGUGUGAUGGAAACCUGUUUGAUGCCAUCUCUGUGGCGAUUAAGGCAGCACUCUUCAAUACGCGAAUCCCGAAAGUGCACAUCUCGGAGGACGAGGAAGGGGGCAAGGAGAUCGAGCUGUCGGACGACCCGUACGACUGCGUGAGGCUGAACGUGGAGAACAUGCCCUGCAUCGUGACUCUGUGCAAGGUGGGUCACCGGCACGUGGUGGACGCGACACUGCAGGAGAAGGCCUGCUCGGUGGCCAGCCUGCUGAUCUCUGUCACACAACGGGGGACAGUCACCUGCGUCCGGAAAGUGGGAGGGGGCAGCCUGGACCCGGAGAGCAUCUUCGAGAUGACAGAGACUGGGAAACGGGUCGGGAAGGCCCUCCACGCCCCCCUCAUGGAGCUACUGCAGAAGGAAGAGAGUCUGGGCAAGAAGAGACAGAAAGUGGGCUUCUUGGGAUGA